AGCAACUGCAAAAAGCGACGCGUUCCUGCAAAGGCGAAGCGGCGGCGGCGGCAAAUCCCUCGCUCGCCCGCUUUGCCAAAUGGCAGAACCCCCCGAAGGGCAGCUGGAGCCCCAAGAUCAAACGGCCGGAGACUCCAACGUGCCCGAUGCCGACGGGGUCCCGGAAGAGAGUCAGCCGACGGGCCCGGGCUCGGGUCUCAUUCAGCCCCAGCGAAGCGUCGCCUACCAGCCCGUGGAGCCUCGGCUGAGCGUCUACGACCAGCAGGAAGGCCGGGGCAACAUCUACCAGCCCCAGCAAGCCAGAGGCGCCCUCUUUCAAUCGAGGGGCGCCACGCCGGAUUCGAGGGGCGGCGUGUCUUGGCAGCAGCAGCCGACGGGGAGAACGAACGUUCAACAGCCUCCCAGCUUCACCGGCUACAUGGAUCAGAGGCCAGGGAACGCUUUCCAAGCCUCCACAUCCAGGAGCAGCCAGAUCCUGCAAUCAGACAGUCACGGCCCAUAUCAGCCCCAUGAACCCGGCUUCCCGUCUCAGAUGGGGAUGAUGAAUUUAUACGAAGAUCAAAUCCCAGAUCCGGGUCCUCGGACGCUGGCGAUAAAGAACGCAAAAGCCUACAUGUUGCGAACGAGCGUCAAAACGGGAGUCAGCUUAUAUGACCAUCUUUCUGACAUGCUGGCAAAGAUUCUGGAAGAGCGGCCUGAAAAUCCAGCAGAUAUAAUUGAGAACAUCAGUAAGGAUAUAAAGUGUGCUCGAUUCCAAAAGAAAUUGGACACCCUCCGAGAUGAAUUUGAAAAACAUCCAACAUUUGAAUUGGCUGAAAUGUACAAAACUCUCUUCCAAAGGGCAGGUGGUGGAGAUGGUGCAGAUCAAGAACCAGAAGAGGAGUUGCCAGAAACUCCUCUACCCAAUGUCAUGGAGACAGCCUACUAUUUUGAACAGGCUGGAAUUGGUGUGAGCUCAGAAGAAUACUAUCACAUAUUCCUUGCUCUCAAACAACUGGUUGCCACUCAUCCAAUCCAGACAUGUCGUUUCUGGGGCAAAAUCUUAGGUAUUGAAGCCAACUAUAUUAUAGCUGAAGUUGAAUUCCGUGAAGGAGAAGAAGAGGAAGAAGCAGAGGAAGAAGAAACUGCCGAGGAAGGUCUAAAAGAGGGAAUUGAGGCCAGGGAUGAAGAUGAAGAUGAAGAAGAAGAAAAAGAUGAACCACCAAAACCCAACUACAAGCCACCACCCGUAAUACCAAAAGAAGAUUAUCGGACCGGUGCUAAUAAAUACACUUACUUUGUUUGCAAUGAACCAGGCAAACCUUGGGUGAAAUUACCCCAGGUGACCCCUGCUCAGAUCGUGAAUGCCAGGAAAAUUAAGAAGUUCUUAGUGGGAAAGUUAGAUGCUGCCAUCGUGUGCUAUCCACCUUUCCCAGGCAAUGAGGCUAAUUAUCUCAGGGCCCAGAUCGCCCGUAUUUCAGCAGCAACACAGGUCAGUCCACUCGGGUUUUAUCAGUUUGGAGAAGAAGAAGGAGAUGAAGAAGAGGAAGGCGGAGCUGGAAGAGACAGUUAUGAAGAAAAUCCUGACUUUGAACCCAUUCCUGUGCCAGAAUUGUUGGAUACCCUUUCGAACUGGGUGCAUCAUGUACAGAAUAUUUUAAAACAGGGGCGCUGUACCUGGGUUAAUCCCUAUCAAAAAUCAGAGGAAGAGGAGGAAGAAGAGGAUGAAGAAGAGAAACAAGAAGAGCCUGAAGAGUUACAGGAAACAGGACCUCCUCUUCUCACACCACUUUCUGAAGAUGCAGAUAUUCAAAGUAUCACCCCAUGGUCUUCUGAUGCUUCAACACAUUUAGUUCCUCAAUAUGCCCUCGCUGUCCUUCAAGCUAACUUGUGGCCUGGAGCAUACUCCUUUGCUGUUGGAAGGAAAUUUGAUAACAUUUAUAUUGGCUGGGGUCACAAAUACAGUCCAGAAAAUUUCAACCCUACAUUGCCACCCCCAGUGCAGAGCGAAUAUAUUAUUGGACCUGAAGUCACCGAAGGACUUGAUCCAACUGUGGAAGAAGAGAUGGCACUCAAGGCUGCACAAGAGGAGGCACUGGAAGCAGAAGAAAUGGAAGAAAUGGAGGAGGAGGAAGACGAGGAUGAGGAUGAUUAAGCUCAAAAAUACUGUUAUAAUAGUUUUUGUUAAGGAUAAAAUUUUCUACAAAUGUAUUCUGAUAAACACUGUAUUGUAUAAUGCAUUAUUUGUAAUACUUUUGAUGACUAAAUCAAAAUUAAAACUAAUUUUUUUAAAAAAAUAAAAUGCAGUUUGGAAUA